AUGAUUCCAACCUAUGACAAGCGAGCCACAAGGGCACGAAUAAGUGAAGAUCUCCCGCAAACCACGAAGCUUUUCUCAAAGCUAUCUAAAGCUUCUACAAGUAAGAGCACUCUGGAGGAUUCAGACCGACCAACAGAGCCCCUGCGUAACCUGGACACCCCUAAAACUUCAUCGAGACCCUCAAAUAUCGCUGCUUUGGAGGCUAUCAAGCAGCAAAUGGCGCGGGAUAUUCAAGACCAAAUCGCUUCCACAAAGGCAGCUCUGAGGGAGAUGGAGGUAUGCAGUGCUAGUGGGAAAACGCUGGAAGAAGAGGAGGAAGAAUUACGACAGCUGCAGCAGCAACUCACUGCGAAAUCCUCGGAGAUGGUUGCAGCGAUGGACGAGUCCAGGUCGAAGCUGCAGGAGCUUUUUGACCCAACAACAGCAUCAUCCUUCAGCGACACAAAUCGUGCUGAAGAUGAUAAAAUGGGAUCUAAUAACCAAGAGCCGACUAUCUUCGACUCGACUGCAUUAGUGAACGAGCUGAUCGCUCGAGCAGAACAAGCCCCUGCUCUGCUUUACAAGAAGUGGACUAAUGACCGCUCUCGCAAGAUCGCGCAGCUAGCGACCUACAGAGACCAGCAGGCAGUGAUCCAAGCUCAGCAGUCCAUGCGAACAUUCCAGCAAACGCUCGCUGAGUUCCGCAACCAGCGAUAA